UGGCGGCGCUGCGCAGCUCCUCGCGCCCGAGUCCCGGCCAAUCUGCGGCCUCGGCAGCAGGAAGCAGGAAGCGCCGGGCGGAGGCAGGAGCAGCCGGGCCUGAGCGUGGAUGGGGGAUUUUUCACUGGUGGCCAUGGAGCUUUCUGCCAGCGAACCCAGCAUUUAUGACAAGCUAUCGGAGACCAUUGACCUGGUGAGGCAGACUGGACACCAAUGUGGAAUGUCAGAAAAAGCCAUUGAGAAGUUUGUCAAGCAGCUCUUGGAAAAGAAUGAGCCCCAAAGGGGACCCCCCCGGUACCCUCUCUUGAUGGCUCUCUAUAAGGGCCUGCUUACCCUGGGCUUAAUCUUGCUAACUGCGUACUUCGUGAUGCAGCCGUAUAGCCCUUCACCACCUGAAACCACGCUCUCCAGAGCCCAUGCCUGGGGCUUCCUCAUCGGUCACAUCCGGCUGCUGUCUUUGCCUAUUGCCAAGAAGUACAUGCUGGAGAAGUGCCAUAACUGGUGGGGACUAGACUGCAGGCAGAAUGGUUCUGAGAUUCCUGCCAACUGCUCUUGCUGCGCUGCCAUUCAAAGCCUCCAGGUAGUGACUGACCUAGGACAAUUAUCAGAAAACCUCCAGAGGCCUCAGCCCCUCUUAAUCAAGACAGGGCAGCGUCUGUCUUAUGAUGAACUGAAGCAUUUUCAGUCCCAGUACCCGGAAUUGACAGAGAUCACAAUAGAAGAGAAUUCAGCUGAACUCUGGCGCUGCCUUCCAAGACGGAUGUUUCCAUUUGCCUUCCCCUGGUACAAAGCCCUGAAUAAAACUCAGAUUCUCCAGGAACUUUUCCCUGCCUUGUCUUUGCUGGCAUUCCCAAAGGCAAUCUCCCUGGAAAGCUGCUUUCUCAUUCGCAACCCAGAGUUAGGGAAUAAGACCCACAGACUGCACAGCAUGUUUGCUAUUGGAAGCGGCCAGCUAACCCUGAAUAUUGCACCUUACGCUGAGUGCAGAGGACACUGCAGGACUCUGUCGGUGGAGCUGGAAGCUGGGGAUUUUGGCUAUGCAAGCGCGGAUUACUGGAAGAUGAGCUUUAACUCCAGAGGAGCAGAGCCCAUAGUCAUUUGCGAUGGAUCCGCUAGCUAAGAACUGUGGG